ACGCAAGCCAUGCAGGAUCGCCAAUAGUUCUGCUGUCAUAUUGGUAGUGAUACCGCCACAACUACUAAAACCCGUAAGCCAUUUACCAUUAGAGUCCCGUAGAAUCCCACCAAUGCCAGACAUUCUCGGAUUUCCCUAGGAGCUACCAUCAACAUUAACCUUAACAAAAUCUGCUACAGGUGGUGUCCAAGCAACCAGACGGUGAGAAGGAGUAUUGUUGACCUUUGUUGAACCUUGAAGAAGUGCUAGAGUAUACCAAGCAGACCACACCUGAUCUUCAAACACUUCAACGUUCCCUGCUUUCCAAAUGAACCAACAAACACAAGCAAAAUUAACACCGUGUCACUUGAGCUGAGUUACGAACCAUGUAUCUCCAUUCAUUGCAAAGAAAUCAGUAUCAGCAUACAUAUUUAUGUGACUCCAAAUUUCUCUCGCCUCACUGCAAUCUCUAAGCAAAUGAAUAAUACUCUCGUCUUCUAGCCCACACCUGCAACAAAAGGGAUCAAAAGAGAUAUGACGCUUAGUACGGAAAAAGUUAGUAGGGAGGCUGUUUUGCAGAAUCAGCCAAGUGAAGUGUUUAAUAUUUUCAGGUGUUUGAAGCUUCCAGACCCAGUUCCAGUCCCCUGGAAAAUUACUAUGAUUGGCAGGCUCAUGAAUCCACCACUCAUAGGCAGAUUUGGCAGUGAAAAUUCCUGAUUUUAAUUGCCCCCAUAUGAUUAUAUCAUAGCUAUUAUCAUCCAUAACCAAGCUCGUCAUUUUAUUCUUGACUUCGUCAGGAAUAAUAGAAUAAAACUUCCCCCAACUCCAUUGGCCGUUAACCAAAACAUCUCGGAUGAGAAGCUGCGUAUCACUAAUAUGCACGUAGUCCAUGCAAUCACAAAUUGGACCAUCACCCAGCCAAUUAUCGUAGAACACAGAAAUUUCGUCAUUGCCUACACGAUACUUAAAGGGACGAUCUAGGAAACUAGCAGCCUUCACAAUCGACGACCAUGUGGGUGAACAACCAAUCUUCAAAAAAUGAAAAAAAAAAAUGACCACAUAUGGAACAAUCUCAGAAGAGGCUUCAUCAAAUUCAAACUCAGUUUUCGUUUCACAGGCCAAAGAGCGCAUUGAAGACGGUCUAGGCACAACAAGACCAUGGAGUGAAAUGCUCCAAACUUGUCAUCUCAAACUUCCAUCUUCCUUCUUCGGUGCAAUCCAAAGAAUCAACACAAAUGCCAAACAUUUUCGAGCAAACUACGUGAUUAUCAUACUGCUUGUGCUUUUCCUUAGCUUACUAGGACACCCCAUUUCUUUGAUCAUAUUAGUUGUUAUGAUGAUUGCAUGGCUGUACUUAUAUUUCCUACGAGAUACCCCUUUGGUGAUUUUGAGGUUUGAGAUGGAUGAGCGAUUGGUGGUUAUCUCUUUGUUGUUGAUCACCAUUGGUUUGCUUGUACUUACAAAUGUAACCUACAAUGUGAUAGUUGGUAUGUGUGUUGCCUUAGUGGUUGUGUUGGUCCAUGCUAUCAUGAGGGAAACGGAGGAUCUGUUUACCAUGGAUGAAGAUGUAGGGGUUGUAAAAGGUUUUAGAGAUGUUGUCAAAGUCCCUCUUAGACAACCUGGUUCCUCUUCUUUUACUUUGCCUUAGAAGCAAAUUUAAUUAGAAUCAAUUAAGAUGUUUAUAUUUCUUGUGAUUUCCCUA